AUGGCUGUCAUGGCUAUUGACACCUCGCGGUCUCACCUCGCAGAGAAUAGCAGCGCGGCGCCUUUCUCUCAAAGACCCAUUAUCAUUCUUGGAGCAGGCAUCAUCGGCUGUGCUACUGCCUUGCAGCUGCUGCAGAAUGGCUUCCAGGUCACGCUUGUGGGCGAGUACCUCCCCGGAGACAAGAGCAUCCUCUAUGCCUCGGCAUGGGCGGGCGCUGCAUGGCAUGCUGCAGGCGGCAUCACCGACGACCAGAAAUAUAUCCAAGCCGUUACGCACCGCUAUCUACUAAAAAUGGCCCAAGAGGACCCGUCGUCAGGCGUUUGCAUUGUCAAUGGCCGAGAGUACCUUGAACAAGCACCUGGCAAGAACUCAUCAGUAUGGGGAGAGAAAGUACUGAAAAAUUUUCGAACAUUGGAGCCCGGCGAAUACCCAUCAACCUUCUCCACUGCAUGGGAGUAUGAAUGUCUCGUAGUCGAUCCCACCUUGCACAUGCCCUGGGUAGGUGCGAAGGUGCAAGCACUCGGCGGACAGUUUGUGCGCCAAAGAGUGAACUCUCUGAAAGAGCUGUACGAGAUGUACCCGGAAUCUAGGAUUUUCAUCAACGCCAGCGGCUGGGGUAGUAGAGAUUUGACCGACGUGUUGGACCAGAAGUGCUUUCCUGAUCGAGGCCAGAAUGUCCGUUUGCGCACUGCGGAACAUCACACCAUGUACUUUCGAAAUGGAAAGGAGUACACAUACAUCAUCCCUCGACCUUUGACGGGGCACGUUAUUCUCGGAGGGCAUAAUUCAAGGGACAACUUGAGCGGAGAGCCGGAUCUAGAUGUUGCUAAGGACGAAAUCCGACGUGCCCACAUCCUCGCGCCCGAGAUUGUACCAGCUGAACCCGCAGAGGCAGAUGUAAGUUACGUUAUCGGCAUCCGGCCGGCUCGAGAGGGUGGAUUCCGGCUGGAUUCGGAGAAGAUUGGGGAUAAGACGGUGUUGUCGGCAUAUGGAUUCGCUGGCGGUGGAUAUGCGUUCAGUUACGGAAUUGGCGAUGCGUUGGUCAAGAUGGUUCAGCAGGCAGAGUUUGACAGUGUGAUAGCGCCGGGGGUUUAG